AUGUCUUAUCGCUCUUUGUUCUCAACAGAACAAGUUAAGACAUUUCUUAAAGGUAAUGAACAUUUAAGAAUCAUGGUAUUUAUUCGUUUAAUCUCAUGUACACCAUCUUCAGCAUCCGAUAACGAUAAAUGUCUUUGUUUUGCGCUGUAUAAAAACCAAUUAGACAUUUGGUCAAUUCAUCAGAAUUUGGACUUUCAGAUAGGUGGUGUUUAUACCGUUGCAUCCUUGAUCGAUUCAACUAUAGCAUUUGAAGAUGAUCCAUUAAAUUGGGAAGCUGUUGACUUUGCAAUACAAUCGAAUCGUUAUACAUCGGGUGAUCAAACUCUAGCAUAUCUACUUUUAAGUCGUACUGACCAGUCACAAUUAUCAUCAUCAAGAGAACUUCGUCUUUUAACGAUAAAAUUUAAUCAACUUGAAUCAUCUCUUUGUUUUGUAAUUAAUAAUACUGUUGGUAUUGAAUAUCCUUUCGACGACACGGAAUUAUUCAAUUCAGAUGGGUUUAAUAUUCAAUUUUGUCUACCAACUGAUUCAGUGCCACAAUUAUAUCCCUGCUUACUAGGCUGUUUGUAUUGUCUUCGUACUGGGCAGGUGUUUAUCAUUGAAGUUUUAACUGGUCAAUUGAUUGGCAAAUUGGAAUUUGCACCAAAUUCACCAAAUCAGCCACCUUGUCCACAAUCCUUAAUCACUAUCGGGAAUACAGAUAUACAUAAUCUAUUCAUCUUUUUGACUUGUCAAUUUGGUUUGUGUAGCCUAACACCAUGUAUAGAUAUUCAUACCGUCGGUAAUACUAUUAGUAAUUAUGCAAAUGAAUUAUCCAAUAAUUCAUUAGUAGAUAUGGAUCAAAUUAGUUUAACCGGUUCAGAAAUAAGCAUGAAUAAGACAACAACAAUGAUGAUGAAUAAGUCACGUUCUUGUUCUACUGUAUCCUCUCAAAAGUUUAGAAAAUCGGAAUUAGAUUUUUCAAUUAUUCUUCAUACAAUUGAUAAUCAGCGUUUAAAAGUCAAUAUUUUAUUCACUACUACUGAUACAUAUAUUAUAUCAUUGACUAAUGAAUCACCAGAUAAACCAAUUCAACUCUCUCCAGUUGAUCGUUUGUUUGUUGGUCUAUCAGAAGUAGCACGAGUAUUUUGGAUGAGAUUUAAAGAACAAACAUUGAAUUAUUUGAAAUGUAUUAUUCAUGAUCAAAGUGCUUGGAAACACUUUCCAUCUGUAUAUUUUCGUUUAAUUAAACGUCUAUUAAAUGAACAUCCCGUAAAUGAUGCUCGUUGGCAGUGGUUAACCACACAAUUAUCCGCUACGAUUGAUUCGAUUCCAAUCCAUGAUCUUCAUUAUCUUGAGUUAGAAGGUCCUCUAACUUUCCAAUAUAUUAUCCCUGCGAAUAUUACUAAUCAUAGUAGCAAUGAUAACUAUGAUCGUUAUGGAUCUACAGACAGUUUGCUGUUACCGAUGACGCGCCUAUGUGCACGAUUAGACGCAUUACAUACUUUACAAGAACUAUGGUUAUUACUGUAUCAGUUAUGUUGUUCUGAAUGUCAUCGUGAACAAUGGAAUCAAUCAGUAAAUGUCGAUCUAAUUUCAUCUGUGAAGUUAACUGAUCUACCAAAAUAUUUGAAUAUUUUAUUAAUGCCUACUAAAUUAUUCAACAAUGAUGACAAUUAUAAUACUACUACUAGUAGUAGCAGUAGUAGCCAGCUCAAAAAAACACGAUCACAAAAACAUGUGAAAAUUUCACAUGUGUACCAUGAAGCUCGCAGUCUUAUGAAUGAACAAGCAUUCACCACUAAUAUCAAAGCAUAUAAUCAUGAUAAUAUUGAUGAUAUUCAUCGUCAUCCUCAUGACGAUAAUCCAAUUGAUCAUGGACAUACUGUUAUGACGAUGAAUACAACAUUUCCGAAUUCAAAAUAUGCUUGUUGUUCCAUCGAACAUGACCAACUAAUUGAAGACUGUGCUGGUCGUCUAAUUCAAUCAUUAGAUGUGGAUUGUCUACUAAAAUCAGCUGAUGAUUGCCCUUUGGAUGGUGGCGAUGAUUUUGGUGAUGAUAGUGGAAAUUGGGCAGAAACACACUUUCUAUGUGGUUUACAUAUGGCUAGUGAAUUAGUUGAAUUUGCUAAAGCUUUACAAAUGAAAUUAGCCAAAGAACCUCAGUCUUUAUAUCAAUCAGUUUUUAAUGAAGUUGCUAUGAAUGCUGGAUUUACUUCGAAUUACUUACAAGUUAUUAAAUCACAAGAUGUUGUUUUACAAACAGUUACUUUAAUUCCUCAAUUAAUAAAAACUUUCUGUAAAACAAUUGACACUGAAAUGUCCACAAUUGCUACUUCAUCAUCAUCGGAAGGAAAUUGUGUUUCAUCAGACGUUUCAACAACUAAAAACACUGUUGAGUUCCUUAUACACGUUUCACGAUUGAUUGAGGCUGCUGUCGCUGAAAUUGUACGUUAUCGUGAAACAAAUCUUCCAAAUUUAUUUAAAACAAUCGAAUCCUGUAAUCAUCAAAUGAAGAAUAAGUUGUCUAAAAAGUUUAUUAUCUCCCUUGUUGGCUUACAGAUGACGAACCAUAUGGCCUUGGAAAUAUUCUAUUAA